GAAGCAGAAAGAAGUCAGUCUUAUUGUGCCUUCAGAAUGAAUAACAGUGUUUUUUGGAUAAUAUUUGCGCAUAUUGGAUACUUCUGUGUUAAUGGAAUAUACAACAACGGCGUAGAAAAUGUUUAUUAUUGGAAGAAUGUGCUUUUCGAAAACCUACCGCUCUUCGAUGAUACCGUGAUUGGAAAAUACCCUUAUCACAUUCCUGAAAACAAUGACAUCAAUGGAAUGCAGUAUCAUACUCAGAGUGGAUUAAUGAUUACAACACUAGCACGAAUUCGUCCUGGAAUUCCAUCCACCCUUAAUGCCUUUUGCGUUCCUGAUUACGAUAAAGGAACCAGUCCUUAUCUUUGGGGAUUUCCAGACUAUGAAAAGAACACCUUGAAAGCAUCUUUUUAUGACGAAUCGUACUAUAAUAGCCGUAAAGUUUCGACUGAAAAUCUUAAUUACUCAGCUGGUUACCGAAAACAUUUCUUCAGCCACAUCGGUCAGAAUGAAAUGUAUUCGAAUGCCAGGAAGACUAAGUAUCCAUACAACUAUUUUAAUGACUUCUCCAUAAUUUCAACAUAUUUUCCAUGCGUGGAUAAUCAAUGCAAUCGUUUAUUUGCCUUGGAUACAGGAGUAUUGCGCUAUGACACACCGUACAUUGUUCAAAAUCCAGCCCUUAUUGUGUUUAAUUUACCAUCAAACGGAUGCCGAAGUCGUAACUUUCCACUAAUUCGUCGGGUAGAAAUUCCCGGUCAUCUAUGGAAGGAAUCAUCUGGUUUUCGUUUCAUAACUCUUGAUUAUCAACCUAAGGGUUCUUGUGAUGAUCUCUUCGUUUAUAUUUCAAAUAUCGUUGAUAGUAGCAUUGUGGUUUAUGACUAUAAACGUGACGAUUUUUGGGUAUUUUCGGAUUCCACAAUGAAGCCUAUCAAUGCUGAAGCAUCAUUCACUUUCAAAGACAUCACUUACGUACUUCCAAUUGGAAUCGUUAACCUAGCUCUUGGAUGGCCUGACAAACACGGAAAUCGAAAUGCUUACUACGCUCCUGGUUCGACUUUAGCAGAGUAUGUUGUUUCAACGAAGCUGCUCAAAGAUUCUAAACGAUCACCUUCUAAUUACGACCCCGAAGAAUUCACCCUUAUUGGUUAUCGAGGAUGUGACUCUAAUACCUAUAAACAAGUUUUCGAUUUAUCUACUGGCGUAAUUUUCUUUGGUGAGAUGGAUUCGAACAAAAUCCGUUGCUGGAAUACUCGGAUGCCUCUGAAUCCGGAUACAAUUGGAGUAGUUUAUGAAUCAGAUGAAUCUGCGUUUUUCGGAGGGUUAUCUAUUGAUUCAGAUGAAUAUUUAUGGUUCCUUACAAACCAACUUCCAGCUCUAUCUAACACCGCGCAUUUUCUUGAUCUAACUGAGGUUAACUCUAGAAUAUUCCGUGUCAAAGUAUACGAUGCUAUCAAAGGAACAGUGUGUGAUAAUUCAAAUAUUUUUUAUAAAAUUUAAAUAUGGAAUAUUGC